AUGAAUGCUGACGUUCCUCUCCUGAAACUUCCCGAUGUCGCCAUGAACCGUAUCCUUCGUCACUGCGAAUAUCCGGACUUUGCUCGUCUCCGGAAAACUUGCCACAGUCUCCGCGGAUUCCUUGAUACCACCAGACCUGAUGCACGCAUGGAUAAAACCUACGUCAACUCAUCCACAUUCAAUCGUUGCAUGAUUCGGUACAAUGAAACUAUAAGCUUGUCAGAUACCGUAGGAAAAUUCGGAGUACAACCAUAUGAGAGCGAGUGGGCCCGUAGUUCGAGGCAAUGGUUUUUCUGUAUUCCUUACGAUAAUACAAAAGUUCUUAAAUUGGAUGUGAACAAUCGUACUUUUAUCAAAUAUGAACGAGAUAGUGCUGCUGAUGUGCCAUAUGCUGCAGUGCUUAUUAAUUGA